AUGCUUUGCGGAGACUGGAUCUUCUCCAACAGCUCUAAUGCCCAUGGCUGCAAAGAUCGCGAGUGGUUGGCCGAAUAUACCCCGUUUUCCAGCAUUGCAACUGUCGAUCUUCUGGGCUCUGGGGCCGAGAUGCAAAUCCAAGGCAUCGGCGCCAUCGAACUUCCCGUCCGCCGCAACCCCAAUGCCAAGGGUGCUAGGUCCCGUGGCACUCUCCGCCUGACCAACGUACUCCAUAUUCCUUCCCUUGUGUGCAAUAUCGUUGGAAGUCCCAUCCUGGAAGAUCAUACCGUGGACUGUGGUGGAUCCAAGGAGGGAAAAUCCAAGGGCUCUAUACUUGACCCGAACGGCAAGAUGGUUGCGUUCUUCAAACCCGACAAUCCAUUCUUUGCUAUUCGUCUCAUGGGCCCGCCUGUUGGUCCGACGGUCGGUCCUUCGCCCUUGGCUACUGGACAGAGAGACGUACCCGUUUUGCAUUGGUCGGGCCUCUCUGCUGACACUUCAAGCCUUCGCGAGACAAUCCUGAACCUUUUCCACAAUGUAUUGAACCAAUGGGAGCAACAAUUAUUCUUCUGUGGUCCAGCCCAAGUCAAUAACAUAACCUAG